GGUUAGUGUUCAUCAUAAUACAGUAACAACAUGGCAUCUUUCAGAGAAUUAAGUGAUGAGCUGCGAAGUCGGGUAGUUCUUGGGGAGUUUGGGGUUCGCAAUGUUCACACAACAGAUUUCCCAGGAAACUAUCCAGGCUAUGAUGAUACAUGGAACCAAGAGAAGUUUGAGCAGAAUUUUCGAGUAGAUAUUAUUCAUCUGGACAGUGAUUUACUUGAGUUUGACAUGGUGGGGAUAGAUGCUGCUAUUGCUAAUGCAUUCAGACGUAUCCUCCUUGCUGAGGUGCCCACAAUGGCAGUGGAGAAGGUAUUUAUAUACAAUAACACCUCCAUUGUCCAAGAUGAAGUCCUGGCUCAUAGAUUAGGGCUGAUUCCCAUUAAGGCAGACGCUCGGCUUUUUGAGUACAGAAAUUCAGGAGAUGAUGAGGGAACCGAAAUUGACACACUUCAGUUUCAGUUGAAAGUCAAGUGUACCAGGAACCCAAAAGCGACUAAAGAUUCUGUUGAUCCCAAUGAGCUCUACCUGAACCACAAAGUUUAUUCCAAGCACAUGAAAUGGAUUCCAAUUGGGAAUCAGUCGGACCUCUUCACAGAAGAGAGCAUUCGUCCAGUCCAUGAUGACAUUCUGAUUGCUCUGCUACGACCAGGACAGGAAGUUGACAUUGUCAUGCACUGUGUCAAGGGAUUAGGGAAAGACCAUGCAAAAUUCUCACCUGUGGCCACAGCUAGUUACAGACUUCUUCCUGAAAUUACGCUGCUUCAGCCCAUAGAGGGGGAGCUUGCAGAAAAACUGAAGAAAUGCUUUUCGCCGGGGGUGAUUGAAGUUGAAAACAUAAAUGGUAGGAAGGUUGCAAAAGUAGUGAACCCAAGACUGGACACAUGUAGUCGUGAGAUCUUCCGCUAUGAAGAACUAAAAAAUCUUGUCCGUCUCGCCAGGGUUCGAGAUCACUUUAUCUUUUCUGUGGAAUCUGCUGGAAGUCUUCCACCUGAUGUGCUGGUGAGUGAAGCUGUCAAGGUCCUGAUGACCAAGUGCCAGAAAUUCUUGAAUGAACUGGAUGCAUCUCAAAUAGAUUAACCUGGGAUGAAAAAUUCUAAGCGACUUCUAUGGACUUUUAACUUUGGGCUGUAAAGGGCAUUUCGGUUUCUUUUGUGAGAUGCUUCAGCAGUCCCUUAUAAAGGAUGUUACCAUGGUUUGUUUUGUUGCCUUUACAGCAAGCACCCAAAAGUGUUGAACCCAAGAGCUUGCUGGCUCAUAAAUUGAUUGCAUUCCCACAUUUGGUGGAGUCCUCAUAUUAACACUUGAAAGUUCACUGGUGUUUUGAAGCAAGUAGUACAAGGCUCUUAAAUAUUACAUUUCCUUCAUAUAUGUUGAUUCUUGAUGUAAAUAAAUAUUUUUGCAAAAAAAAAAAAA